GGGAUUUGGGAGCAAGGAAGGGAGGAGCGUUAGCAAAAGUCAAUGAGUACAUUACAGUUUUGAGUUAAUAAGGUCGAAAUACGUUAGCUCACGCGCUUUGUCAAGUUUCUGGUGCAUAAGGUAUACGUAAACAAAAAUGGUUAUAAAGAAAAACGUAGUUUACGGUGGGCCCGCAUUAAACGUUCCUGCUCAUCUUUCUUUCGGACAAUAUAUUAUCGACAAACUAACAGAACACAGUGUUGACGAUACAAAAAUUGCAUUGGUUCAUGGAGAUAAUGAUGAAAAAAUAACGUAUAGACAACUUCUACACGAUAUAGUUAGCUUUGCUACCGGUCUGAGGCGCCAUGGUGUGGGGCGCGGCGUCAUCGUUGCGAUGUGCAGCGAGAACAGGCUGCAGUUCAUGGUGGCCACCAUGGCGGCAAUUUGUUGUGGUGCCACCAUCACAACACUAAAUCCACAAUAUACUAAAGAUGAGGUUAUUCAUGUCUUAAACAUUUCAAAACCUUCCAUACUAAUAGCAUCGGAAACAGUACUGAAACAAAACUUGGCACUGUAUAAAGAGGUGGGCUGUAUAAAGACAUAUAUUCAAAUGAACGGAAAACCCAUAGACAGUGAUACUAUUCCAUUUAACAAGCUAUAUGUGAAAGUAGAGCCACAAGGAUUUGAAACUGGAGAUGUGCAGGGCGCUAUAGAUACUCUAUACCUGUUAUAUUCGUCAGGGACCACUGGUCUUCCCAAAGGUGUAAUGUUGACGCACCUUAAUACUUUAUAUGCUGCAUCUAAUUUAAUGAGCGACAGUUUGCAGAGUCGGUCGCGGAUGUGUUAUUUGACGGUGGUGCCGUGGUACCACGCUUAUGGUCUCAUGACCACCAUUAACAAUCUUAUCAACGGCAAGAUGAUCGUAUACUUUCCCGGAUUUUUUCCGGAAAAAUACUUGCAAGCAAUUGAGAAGUAUAAGGUGAAUGUACUAUUCACGGUACCUCCUAUGAUGAUAUUUUUCGCGAAGUCUCCGCUGGUGGAGAAGUACGACAUGUCGUCAGUAAAGCAAGCGUGGUGCGCCGCGGCGCCGCUCUCCACUGACACCAUCAGACAAGUUUUGCGACGUUUGCCAAAUUGCAAAGGUAUUUUGCAAGCGUAUGGGAUGACGGAGACAUCGACUGCUGCUACUAAAGACCCAGAGGACAACGCCACCAUUCAUAAGCCGGGCAGCGGGGGCCCGCCCUUACCGGGAGUUAGCGUUAAAGUUGUCGACGUAAAAACUAGGAAAAGAUUAGGACCUUUAGAGACCGGUGAAAUUUGUAUCAAAGGUCCCGUUGUGAUGAAAGGCUACCUCGGUAACGAGGCUGCUAACCGCGACAUCAUGGACGACGAGGGAUUCCUCAAGACCGGUGACAUCGGUUACUAUGACCACGACGGAUACUUCUUUAUCGUAGAAAGGAUUAAAGAAUUAAUCAAAUAUAAAGGAAAUCAGGUACCGCCAGCGGCAGUGGAGGGUGUAGUGCUGCAGCACCCGGGUGUGGCGGAGUGCGGUGUGGUGGGCAAGCCUGAUGAGGCAGCCGGCGAGCUGCCCACAGCAUUCGUCGUCCUCAAGCCCGGAUAUAAGCUUUCCGAGAAAGAACUACUAGAUUUUACCGCCACAAGGUUAUCGCGCGCCAGUCAGCUACGUGGCGGCGUAAUAUUCGUUAAUGAAAUUCCCAAAAAUCCAUCAGGCAAGAUACUGCGUCGCGUCCUCAAGCAAACAUUACAAAAGAAAAUGAAGAAUAAAUUGUGA